AUGGGCUGUGACGCUACUGGUGCAAAGCGAGCUUUUCGGACGACACCCGACGCUGGGCUGAGCAGGAAAGACAAUUCGGCCCAUCCGUUGAGGUCACGGCGAUGGCGACAAGCGUUUCGCCGACUUCGUCUGGUCUUUUGCGAGGUCGAGUUCGAGCUCUGCCCAUCAGGGGACAAGCUCAAUGGACGACAAGCUCGAUGUGCAUGGCUACCAAGCGGAAUUGGUCCGUUCCGUAAUGAGAAGCAGCGGCAGACGACGGCCCGCCGGGUGGGACUCGGUUGUCACAAAUUCUUCAAUCCAUUCCAAAAGCCUCCACUGCAGGUCACCGAGAUACAUUCAACGGGAAGUGGCAAGCCCAAUGACCGGUGA